AUGAGACAUCACGGUCGGCCGUACAGCAUUCACCAUGCACUGCGAGCCGUCCUCCAAGAGAUACACCCGACCUCUCACACGACCCCUCACCUCUCUCAGCGUAGAGAGUUUCACGACUACUUCGUAACCCAUCUGCCCUCGUCCUCCAUGGCACCCGAUCGCAAUCAUCCAUCGCACCACAAACUCCCUCGAUCCGACUCCUCUCCGCACUCGGGCCCGACGGGUCGUAGCAAUCAGCUGCCCAGUGUCAACCGAGACACCACUAUAGUGAGAAUACCGCUGAAACGCGCCAAGCAUCACUUUGGGGCGCUCAACAGCAGAGGAAGUAGGCCGUACAACGAGGACGCCUAUCAGGCUGGGACUGUCGAGAUACCAGCGUUUGCACAGAGACAGCCCGUGAGCGUCAGCCGUCGGCCCCAUACAGUUCAAAAUGUUGGAUCUACGCGGGACACUGGCGAUCCGCAGGUCUUCUACUUCGGUGUCUUCGACGGCCAUGGAGGGAGCGAAUGUGCGGAAUUCCUCAGAGAUAGACUGCAUGGCUAUAUUGAGGAAGCUGCGUUGCUCUUUGGCAUGGAGAGUACUCUGCGGGCGGGAAAUGGGGGCGUAGAUGGACCGAACUCGAGCGGAGAUACCAUGGGUGAGCAUGAUCCAGGAGAUUUGCAAAGAGAUCUGGUCAGCUCCUGGAAGGAUACCGUUGGGGGCUACUUCAAGCGAUUCCGCCCUGAACACUUCCCAGCCAUAGCUAGGGACCACUCAGAGUCUGCAACGCAAGAUGCCAAAUCAAUUGAGACAGUUCUGACGUAUGCCUUCCUGAAGGCUGAUCUGGACUUCACUACCGCACAAGCGACAAAACACAACGCUGGAGCUGAGGGCGACACCGGUACACCGUCUUCUAUGAACGACCCGGUCCUGGACGACAAACCUCUUAAUGAGGGUGACAUGCUCUUCCAUCCCGAGCGGCCUGCUUCCCAGAACCUCAGCAAGAGACCUCCUUCAAAAGGUUCUUCCCCUGAUUUAGACAGUCCGAUCGGAGGCAGCACACGCUUCAAGGGAGGCUCCACGGCCUCUAUCGCCUUAGUCUCCACGCCUACUCCCACUCCGUUCUGGCAUCCCAACAGCCCUAGCACCAUGGUCAUUGCACACGUUGGCGACACGCGAAUCCUGCUGUGCCGAACCUCAAAUGGUGCAGCUGUGCCACUUACCGCCGACCAUCACCCUUCCUUACCUACCGAGCAGAGGCGAAUGCGUAGGUACGCUGCUUCUUUCGUCACGGACAGCUUUGGUGAAGAACGAGUGCUCGGACUAGCAAAUACUCGAGCGUUUGGCGACAUUGGCAGCAAGCGCAUCGGGGUGUCCGCUGAGCCACAGCUCACGACUGUCCAAAUUCCGCCGGCUGGCUACGCCUUUCUUGUUCUGGUCUCUGAUGGCGUCUCUGGGCAUCUGGAAGACCAAGAAAUAGUCGACAUCGUCAAAGAGGCAAAGACUCCGGAGUUGGCUGCUCAGGACCUGGUGAGUUUCGCGGUCGAGACCUCUCAGGAUGCCGAUAAUGCAACCGCCUUGGUCGUUAGACUUGGUGGAUGGGAGCGAAGGAGUGAAGGAGGCGGAGGAAGCUUGCGCACGAAGGAAAGACGAGACUUCCGACGACAAGAAGCCAGUGAUCCUAGGUCACGACGACACUAG